AUGCCACCGAAUUACUUGCCCAUGCCAACGGACGUUCGUGCGACGAUCCGUGACACAAAACGCAUGCUACGAGAACACCUGCCGACAUACAAGGAGGUAUUCGAUGAAAUAGAGGAAUUUAUUUCUGCUCAGGUGGAGAUCAUUAAAAAGGAGCAGGCUGCCGGUAUUGCCUCCGUGCCAGAGGUGCAAGCUCAAGAUAUAUUUGAUGGGAGUGUCAGUGAAUCUCUCAAAAACAAAAUUCGUCAACGUGGCUGUGCUGUCAUCCACGGUGUCUUUCCGCGUGAUGUGGCGGCUAAAUGGAACGAGGAUGUCAAGGCCUAUCUGGAUGAAAACAAUUUCGAAGAGCGACUUAAUCAUGCCGCCGUGGAUAAAUAUUUUUCAGAGCUUGCAAAGGGAAAACCGCAGAUUUACGGUGUUUACUGGUCUAAGCCCCAAGUGGAGGCAAGACAAAGUGAGCGCAUGAAGGCAGUACAGGUAUUCAUGAACUCUUUUUGGAAGUCGGAGUCUAAUGGCAAGCAGCAUUUUGACCCAAAAAACAUUGUGACUUAUGCAGAUCGACUGCGUCGUCGACCCCCUCACUCACCACCGCUUGGACUUUCACCUCAUGUUGACAGUGGCACAAUUGAGCGUUGGCUUGAUUACAAAUUCCGCCAUGUAUACCGCAAUGUCUUUUCUGGUAACUGGGAGGCGCAUAAUCCCUACGACGCGGAGGGUCGCACUGAAGUUCGGGAGAUCAAGUCCCCGGCUAUGUGCUCUGCGUUCCGUACUUUUCAGGGCUGGACAGCCCUUUCUCCACAACGCAAAAACGGUGGCACACUACGCCUUGUUCCAAUUAUAAACGCAAUUCCAUAUAUGCUGCUGCGCAGUUUGCAGGAUGAUGUGCCCGAAGAUGACUUCUGUGGAGCCCAACCGGGUCGGGCUCUUGGCCUUUCCCCAGAGUGGCACAGCCUGUUAUUGGAGGCUGAGUGCCCUAUUCCCGAAAUGGAGCCCGGUGACUGCGUCUUUUGGCACUGCGACCUUGUGCACAGCGUAGAAGCAGAGCAUGAGGGGGAGUUUGACAGCAACGUCAUCUAUAUUGCCUGUGUGCCACGUUGUGCAAAAAACGUUGAGUACGCCCGGGCUCAGUGGGAGGCGUUUCUAAGGGGCGGCUCUCCACCCGACUUUGCCGCAGACGAUUUUGAAGUGAAUUUCAAAGGUCGCGCCCGACCCGAAGAUCUGACGCCAAUUGGGAGGGCCCAAAUGGAUCCUUCUUACCUUGCUUCCAACAAGCUUUAG